UACACAAAGACGUCUCGAGAAGAGCCAAAAGUAGGUCGGAGGAGUUGCUAAUAAAGGCGGAGAGCGCAUCUCCCUGGCCAUGCAUACGCGGGGAGAUCGGUUCCCUUCGACUUGCAGAGAGCAGCCGACAUCUGCGCCUCGUAUUGGACGUCACCCUAGUGCCACAAGCGUGCCGACUUUCACCCUGACGCUCCCGCCCGGCCUUCUUACCUGUAAACGGGCACGGUUCUUGGUACGCGCGGGUAAAGCGGGCACAUUUCAGUACACCGGAAGCGGAGCAGAAACCCGCCAAGAUCUGGAAUACUGGGCCGAUUGCCUGAACGAUCUUUCUGCUGUUGCAGUGUUCGGCGCUUGACACGCUUGAUAGACGAGCCUUCGCCUUGAUAACUUCGCGUGUGCGCUAAGGUCUGUCGACAAGAUGGCGUCCAGCACGUCGACCUCCACCUCUUUAAGGUAUCGGCGCUGGGAGCCGUUGCAACAGAUUCUCUACGGCUUUGCGACGCAUCCGUUCAGCCCCGAAUCCGACAUCUCGCUCGACCAGACGCAACUUGCAUCAGGUGACGAAGCGGCUGCGGCAAAUGAACUCACCGCCCUGCAUGCGCACUUGAUCGGCCUCGAAGUUGGUGAUGAGGUCUAUGUCUUUGAGCAGCUCGGCCAUGCGGAUGUAGAGUGGUACAGGGGUUACAUUGUCUCUACGAACCGUCUUCCAACACCAGCGACAUCCACAAGGAGUCUGUCUGACUAUUCCAACUUCCCGCCGAAUGACGCUGGUACGUAUGGAGGUGCAGGCGUCGUCGAGGAGCCGCAGGUGUACGUCGGCAUGUUUCCUGCACGCAAUGUGCAUAUCCGAGAAGGACUCGACGACGCAGAAAUGCGCAUGAGCGAGAUUUAUUACAAGGCAAAGGAACAAGGCAUUGUUGGGGCGACUGCGCCGCCCCCUCCUUGGGUCGGGUCGCAGAACAAGCACAUGGAAACGCUGCCGGAAGAAGACGAGACGGGCCAAGGUGCGAGUGAGGAAAGGCAGGACCGAAUGCCAUCUCUCAGCGCAGGGAGUGGCGACGACUCCAUCGCAGCACCAAAGGUCGUCUUCAACAGCAAUCGACAGUCGCUCAUUUUGGGAGAUGGAGCGGCUUUCACCAACAGUGACAAACCGCCGCCGCCGCUACCCUCGCUCAAAGCUGGAGAUGAGACCAAGAGCGGGUCCAUUGAGCCUCUCGUGGACGAAAUCGCAUGUGCCAUCAGGGAGUGGAGCAGUCUCAUGUACAAUUACAUGAGUAGGAAGGACUACGCCUUGUUCCAGAUAGUAAGGCAACACAUCGAGGUGCUGCAUGUGGCCAGGCGUCAACUCCUCGCGCAGACGCUGAGCGUGGAGGAAGUAGGAAAGCUAAGGAGGGAGUGCGUUGCAAGACUCGUCAAAGGCAAUCUGGCGCAAGGAUUGGAUGUUAUCGCUAGGCAUCCAGGGCGCGGAGGUCUCGUGGACGUCGACUUCAUUGGCAGCGACGCUGAUGUGCAAAGCUGGAUCAGCGGAAUCAGGCUCUUGGCACUACAGGCCGCACUUGCUUAUGUCGAUCAAGAGAUGACUGGCUCCGCUGGUGGAACUGGCGUGAUCGACAUCGCAACAAAUACCGCCUUCGGCAUUACGGCUCCGACAACCUCAUCGUCUGGCAUGCUAGCAACGUUGUCAUCCUCUGGUGCCAUCUCCGCUAGUACGACAACCAAGUCCGGCAUCACUGCGCCCUUGAAUCGUCCUCGGCAAUCUGCACUGCCCGCUCCUCGGCCCCAGCGCAGCUCGCUUGUGCCCCAGCGCAACGAGGGCUCGCCUACAGCAAAGUACUUCCACGUAUACCUAGACGUCCGUGCAUUCGUCGCAUCGCCAUGUUCCCCCGGCGAGACGGCUGAGCUUUACUUCUCACUUUACAACAAAGUCGAAGCGCGCUUCCUGACCGAAGAGUACUGCAUCAUUCUCAACCACCAAGGAGUACCAGCUCGGGAAAGCGAAGGCCGACUCGACAAGAUGCGUGCACUCUUCACCGAUCUCAGCCCUAGCGACAUGCUCGAUCUCAACCUAGUGUGCAGGAUCGUGCGCAAUGGUGCGAUGCGCAUAUCUGGAGAGUCGCGCAGCCUUGUCGGCGCUACCACAUUCAUCAGCGAAGUUCCUGGACCGAGCACCACUUUUGAUGGAACCGACGAGUCAAUCUCCGGCCUCACAGGGAGCCGUCGCGCUCGCAUGACAAGCGACAGGACUUUCAGGCGCCCUUUUGGAUGUGCCGUCCUCGAGCUGGGACAGCAUCACCAAUUUGCGCUGGAAACGUCCAAUUCAUCCUCAUUGAAGGAGCACAUCAUGCCGAUCUUUGUGCCUGCUAACGAGGCCACCUUCAGCACCUUGCACCAAGAUAUCAUCGCAUCGCGCAUCAAGGAGCUCGAAAAGUCGCCGCGAGCCGAGAUGCUAGCUGUCAAUAUGAAGGUGUUCCAUGGUGACACGGCUUCCAUUGUCAGAGAGAAUUCGUCUCUGCUCCAAGAUGCUGUCCUCACUGCUCGGCUUGGCUUUCCGGACGUUGUGUUCCCCGGUGAUCGCCGCAAUGAGGCGUAUAUGAAGCUCUGGAGCGGAGAAUUUUUCCCACAAGGUGGCAAAGUCACAGGCGGGAGUACCGCCAGGAACAUCCAGGUCUCGGUCGAAGUGCGCGAUACGCAUGGCCGCGUGCUAGAGAAUGUCAUCUCGCGGGGUACGGGUGAGCCGCUGGUGACCGAAUUCGACAGUAUGGUUUUCUACCACCAGAACGCGCCAACUUGGGGAGAGCUCGUGAAGCUCGAGCUUCCAGACGAUCUCAUGGAGCAGUGCCAUCUGUUCUUUACGAUCAAGCAUCGCAGCUCGAAAGAGGAGAAGACGCCUACUGCGAACCAAACGCCGAACUCCCAGGGAGCAAUGGAGAUCCACCCCCCUAUUGCGUAUGGAUACCUUCCGCUUUUCGAGCGGACCAAGGCAUUCAUCGCUGAUGGUAGCCACUCUAUUACGCUCUUCAAAAGCCAGCGUCAUGGUCACUCACUCAGUCCGGACCUCUACUUUAACCUGCAGCCGACGAUCGCCAUCGGCCACUCGCCUGCGGAGAGUAUACCGAUGCAUCUCCAAGGUGUUUUCCAGCCGCUACGCGACAGCCUCGUCGUGCGCACUUUCCUUGUGUCUACUCGAUACACGCAGAACGAGGUCGUGCUCAAGCUGAUCAACUGGAACACCACCCUUACGGAUGACAUCAGCCAGCUUCGCGCAGUUUUGACGCAAUUCACUUUUGUCGGAGAGGUGGAGAUCGUCAAGUUCCUCCGCGACAUUUUCGACGCCCUGUUCAGCAUCAUGGUCAGCGGCAUGAAUGCGCAGGGCGAGCUGGAUGAAUUGGUAUUCAACGCACUCGUCACGGUGCUUGGCAUCGUGCAAGAUCGUCGGUUUACCAACUUCCGCGCGACAUUGGACGUCUACGUUGAGCAACACUUUCGCUUCACCAACGCCCAUGUCCGCCUCAUUUCCUCCAUACAGCGUCUCCUGGCCGACCCGUCAAAGCCAGAAACGUCCAAAGAUUUGCGCUCAUCGAUCAAGGUGUGGCCUUAUCUAUUCAGAUUUAUCGUCCAGUCGCGAGAGAAUCAGAAGGGCGGCUCCAGCGGCCAGCUGGGCGGCGGCACGGUCAACGACCAUCUCGAACGUAGCUUCAAGAAUGACAUGCAGGAGCUCUUGCGUAGCGUCAACCGCUUAAUGUCUGCUACCAAACCCAGUGCUAUCAUCGGCACGCAGACACUCGCGCUGCAGCAUUUCGCUGGCACAUAUGCGGACCUGAUGCGCGUCUUUACGCUGGACGAAAUGGCACGCAUUUGCACCAGCUUUGCUGAUGCCAUCUUCAUUACAAAAGGCAGGAUGGCAGUGUGGAAGCUUCUGCACAUUCUGCAAGUGACCUCAGGUGUGCUCUUCGAGCAUCAUUCUUCUCGCUCCCAGCUCAUUCCAAGCGUCGUCCGUUGGAUCCGCCCUCAUCUGGGCAUCUACGACACGGCUGUCGAGGAGGAUGCAGGCAGCUCCCAGUCCGCGAAGGACGCAGCGCGCAUUACCUGGCUGGAGGGUGCUCGUCUUUCCGUCACCGUUCUCGCAGUUGUGCUCGACAGGCUGCAGAUCAGUCUCGUCAACGCAGGCAAAGAAGGCGAGAAUUCCGCAGAGCUGCGACAAGAGCAAGACAACGUGGACUAUCUUCUAUCGAUCUUGCCGAGGUUGCUGCAAACCUAUCAAGAGCUACGAAGCAGUGAGACGGCACGUGCUAUCGAGCGGCAGAGAACACCAUCCACAGUCGCUUCGUCAGUACCUGUCAUCUUCCCAUCCACGUACCCAUUCCCAUUGCUCGCCAAGUCUCCUGCAGGGCAGGCACCGCCAAUUAUGACUGCAUCAUCUCGCAGGAAUCGACGACGGCCCAAGUUGGAGUUCCUCAAUUGCGGUCUCGCUGAGAUCGCUGCUGUGCUCAACGUCCUCCUCAUGCUCAGCCCGAGGAAACAUCUGGCGAGCUUCUUGGACGAGCAACUAGACCUGGAAGGGCCCGAAGCAACAGCCACCUUUUUGCACAACUACUUUGACACAGCUACAUCACUGCUUCACAACGACGCAUACCCGAGCACGUGGCUCAACUUCAACGUCUUGACGCACCAGAUGGUCCUGAAGAUGAUUGAUCCUGCAGCAAAGUUGUUGAUCCGGGUCUUCAUCCCGACUGCGCCUGCACAGUCACCGGACAGCUUUGACACGGAGUUGUGGAUGGCUGGGCUCAACACUCUGCUCACCCUCUUGUCCAGUUCUCAGCUUGUCAUCGAAGACUUUAAGCCCCAGAGACGACGUGCGGUCUGGCGCCUUGCUGGAGAUAUCAGAGGGGAAGGAGCUCAGAUUUUCGCCCGGCUCUGGCACGCUAUAGGCUGGCCAGAAGAGCAAGAAGGAAACAGCGACCCUAUCGUCGAUGGGCGUCUGAACACUGGUGGCUUUCAGGUUCAAUUCGUGCCGUCGCUUGUUGAGCCUGUUCUGGAGCUCUGCCUUUCGCACCAUGACGAAAUGCGCACCUGCGCUGUUCGUGUCUUGGCGACGAUGAUCACAUCAGAAUGGCAUCUAAAUGGCGAUUUUGCCAUCAUUGAGGCCGAGAUCAUCGACAAACUGGAUAUUCUGUUCAUGACCGACGCGAAGGGCGAUGAAAUCUCAAGAGCAUUCUUUAUCGGACAGCUCCGCUCACUUUUCGAGGAUUCUGACGUCGAUCCAACACUGCAAGAGCAAGUCAACAUGUGUCUUCUCUCUGUGAACAGAUUCCUGGAUUUGCUUCUGAAUGUACGAAGCCUGCCACUUGAAGAGGGCUACGAGGAUGAUCGCAUUGCUGGGACACUUAAGCUGCUUGGCUUUUUGCGACAAGCUAAUCGCGUCAGUGCUUUCUCGACUCACGUCCUCCGACUUGUUAAUCUGCACUUAGAGAAUCGCAACUACGUCGAGGGCGCGUUGACGUUGAAACUGUACGCGGAUCUGAUGACUUGGGACAUGGAGAUGCUAUUGGAUCCCGAGCCAGAUCUUGGCUUGCCACGGCAAUCUCACUUCGCCCGCAAGGAGACCCUGUACCUGCUCAUCCUUGACUAUCUCAGCAAGGGCGAGGCCUGGGAAAUUUCGAUCGACAUCUGCCGCGAACUCGCUCAGCAAUACGAGUAUCGCUCUGCAAACUACGCACGCUUGUCAGAACUCUUGAUCCAUCAAGCGUCGCUGUACCAGAAGGUUGCGACCGUCGAGCGCGCCUAUCCCGCCUACUUCAGGGUGGCUUACUACGGCGAGCAAUGGCCAGCUUCCCUUCAGGGCCAGAUGUUCGUCUACCGCGGCCAAGAGUGGGAGAAGUUCGCUGCUUUCUGCGAUCGCCUACACCAGAAGCACCCUAAAGCAGUUCUGAUAAAGAGCAACAGCCCGCCCACAGAUGAGGUCAGGUUUGGAGACGGCCAGUACUUGCACGUGACGGCGCUUCAGCCGGAGCCUGAUCGCAGCAAAGACGUCUUCACCAACCCCGAGGUACCGCCCAUGACUCGGUCUUACUUCGAGCACAAUGCAACCGACCUCUUCUCCUACACUCGCCCUAUCACGGGGCCCUCACCUUCCGGAGCACGCAUGUCCAUGCUCGUGGAUAGCGGCACCGAUGUCACCAAGCUCUGGGUGGAGAAGACUUAUCUCCGCUGUGAAGACGCUUUCCCAACGGUCUUACGGAGGAGCAAGGUCGCUGAAGUGCAAGCGGUGGAUGUCAGUCCGCUCGAGAACGCACUCAACGAUGUCGUCCAGAAGCGGGAAGAACUCGAGACACUCGAGAAGAAGUACACUGCUCUUGCAAAGGUCACUUUGACGGGCAAGGUCAACACGAACCGCCUGUCCAUGGCCUUGAAUGGUGCAGUGGACGCACCUAUCAAUGGAGGCAUUCCAAUGUACAAGCGAGCCUUCCUCGGGCCAGAAUUUGCAACUGCCAACCCGAGCAAUGAAGAGCUCGUUCAACGACUUCGGUCUGCAAUUGAUGCGCAGGCUACUGUCAUUUUCCGCUGCAUCCAACUCCACAGCCAGUUGUGUCCCGUGGAGAUGCGACCCUUCCACCAAACGCUGGAGCGAUUCUUCUGUCAAAAUUUUGCGGACGAAAUCUCGCGCCUCGAUCUCGACUUCGAUAUUACAUGGGGCAUAGAAGGAGUCAGGCCUUCGGAGAGUUCCAGUAGCCUUCACAGCCAUCAGAAGGCUCGAGGUGCGCUUGCGGCUGUAAAGAUCGGAGGUGGUCUUCCUCAUUGUGCGGAACUAGAUGGGUCUCAGGCUUACUCUAGCAAUGGCGUCACGUCUCCGCUACGGCGGCACAUUGGCUUCUUGAAUGAGCAAGCGAAUUCCGCCGCCGUAGUGAACCCGAUCACUCUCGAUCUCGGCUCAGACGGACAGUGUCAGAUUGGGCCACUCAAGUCCAACGCCAGCAUUGUGGGCUACAGCGUCACGUCUCUGGAUGGUGGAACUAAUGCGAUACCUGGCACCAUGCCGGAGAAUGGCGCGAUGGGCAGCGGCCUGGCCGAUCAGCACGCCAGCCGGCCCGGACCUACCGUCAGCAUUUACAGCAAUUUGACUGGCCACACCGUCACCGGCCGACCCGCGAGCCGGAUCGUCUCUGGUCCCUCCUCUGUGGGCGGAGCAACUGCUACUGGCCACUAUGGAGGCCAGCAUGGGUAUACUUCCAGCAUUAGCGCCGCCAGCUCGAAAUAUGCAGGCAUGGGUGUUGUCAGCGAGGAUAGCGUUUCGAGCAUUCAUGGAGCAGAUGGAGGCUCAAUCUCCAAUCGCGUCUCCGGCGCUGGUAACCUUUUCGCGAAGUAUGCUGGCGCGGGAAGCAAUCGCCUUUCGAAGCUCAUGGGCGGCGUGCGCAAGACAAAGGCGUAGACCCAUUCUCUUCGCCUUUGCAUGAUACCACGUUAGCCUUCUCUCGGGUGCCUCGCCGCAAUACCACUAAACAGCAUUUUUCCGCUCAUUCUCUCUCUCUUCAUAUUGGGUGAAAUCUCUUCCUUACCAUACCAUAACAGGUCAUCGACAUUAUGUAUUGAAUUCAUGUGCUUCUGGAUUCUGGUGCAUUUCAGAAC